AACAUUGGCUCACUUCGCUCAGCAACAAUGUCGGUAGAAAAACCUAGAGAUGAGGUGGUGGAUAACAACAUGGAAGUUGUCGAGGUGAAGCAGCUGAAGGGUAGCGCGGCCUUCCACGAGGCUAUGACCAUGGAACCUGUGCCAAAAUUCCACCCAAGGACCAUAGGCUUGUGCGGUUGCUUGCUUCUGGGUUUCUUCUGCCAGACCGUCAAUGGUUUUGAUGGUAGUUUGUUUGGAGGUCUUACGGCAAAUACCACUUUCCUCGACUUUUUCGGUGGAUCGUCGGCCGGAGUAUGGGCAGCGCUGACUUCCGCCAUGUACCAAAUUGGUGCUGUUGUCGCUCUACCUUUCGCUGGACCUAUCAUUGACGGCAUCGGACGCCGCUUGGGCAUGGCGAGUGGAGCUUUCCUCAUCGUUAUCGGUACCAUCAUCAACGGACUCACUACACUGAACGGUAGCAACGGUCAAUUGAGGGGAGGACGCUUCGUUCUGGGUUUCGGUGUGACUAUUGUGUCAGCAGCAGGCCCGAUUUAUGUUGUUGAGACUGCGCAUCCUGCAUUCAGAUCCGUUGUAACAGCAUACUGCAACACGUUUUGGUUCGUUGGAUCUAUCCUCGCUAGUGGCGCCGUCAGAGGUGGCAUCAAUUUGGUUGGCAACAUCUCCUGGACUUUGCCCGUCUGGCUACAGCUGGUCUUCCCAUCGCUCAUUAUCCUCUUUAUCUGGUUUGCGCCUGAGUCUCCACGAUGGCUAUACGUGCACGGUAAGACGGAACAAGCCAAAGCCGUCUUGACUAAAUGGCACGGAUAUGACAAUCCCGAGUCGAUUUGGGUCAAGCUCCAGCUCACCGAGUACGAGGAGUUUCUGGAGAUGAACGGCGCCGACAAGCGCUGGUGGGAUUACAGCGCGCUCUUUAAGACACGCGCAAGCAGGUACCGGAUCGCAUGCAACAUUGUCUUUUCCAUUUUCGCGCAAUGGGCAGGCAACGGAGUUUUGACGUACUUCUUGCCUGCUGUUCUGACAACCGCGGGAUAUAAAAAGGAUGUCGAGCAAGCCAAUAUCAACCUGGCGUACGCUUGCUUCCAAUUUGCGUUUGCUUUGAUUGGUGCUCCCUUUGUCGAGAGGGUCGGUCGACGCCCAAUGAUGCUGUUUUCAAUGGGAGCCUGCACAAUUAUGUGGGUUGGUAUGACGGUCGCAUCCUCUCAGUUCGCAGCCAGCAAUGAGACGAACGAUUCAGCAGCCAGAGGUAUGGUUGCCAUGAUCUUCCUGUUCGGUGCUGUGUUCUCCGUCGGUAUCACUCCUCUGCAAGCUCUCUACCCCGUCGAGGUGCUGUCUUUCGAGAUGCGUGCCAAGGGAAUGGCCUUCUCCGCUUUGGCCGUCAAUGCUGGAAAUCUUCUGAACCAGUUCGCCUGGCCGAUCUCGCUUGAACGCAUUGGCUGGCACACUUAUAUCGUCUUCACGGUUUGGGAUGCAAUUCAAUGGGUGGUGUUCUACUUCAUGCUGCCUGAGACGAAGAAGAGAACCUUGGAAGAGCUGGACGUUGUGUUUGAAGCGAGGAACCCCGUGAAGGAGUCUUUGGCGAUCAAGAAAGUUGAGUUCGGCGCGGAAGGUGCUGUUCUUGCGGUUGAGAAGUUGUAAGUGCGUUCGGAAGGAGUUUUGUCUAUUGCGGAGAACAAAGGGCUUCAUGUUCAAUACCUGACUAAUGUCGCGCUGGGGGAGGAUGGAGCAUUGCCUAGCUACUACAUGUAUCAUCAACAGAUGCUCUACCAGGGUAACUUACCUGUCCAAAAUCGUUCCGUUCUAUCAGACUACGUUUCCCUCCAAUUCUUCUACUCCACGACCUCAAUGCGGGCUGCUGUGCUUACCAGAUGAGUUUAGCACUGUAAGCCGCCGCGGGGACAUAUCGGGUUACACUGUGGUCGAUGUGU